CGGUCAUGUGAUCAGCUGUGUCCAAUCACAGCUGAUCACAUGGCACAUGUACACUGAUCAUCAGAGCACUGAUGAUCAGUGUGCCCUGAUGAUCAGUGUAGCCCCAGCAGUGCCACCUGUCAGUGUCCAUCAGUGCCACAUCAAUGUCACAUAUCAGUGCCUACCAGUGCACGCCAAUGCCACAUAUCAGUGCCCAUCUGAGCUGCCUUUCACUGUCACCCAUCAGUGCCAGUCAGUGCCACCUAUCAAUGCCAGUCAGUGCCACCUAUCAGUGCUGCAAGUCAGUGCCACCUAUCAGUGCCAGUCAGUGCCACCUAUCAGUGCACAUCAG